ACAAAAACAAAAAGACCACACUUUAAUUUAGGCAUCGUUCGUGAUCCUCCGGCAACAAUUUUGCUCUUAGGCUCUCCCAAACUUUGUUUUUUCUUCUUCACGCAGAGCAGUUGCCCGGAGAAGCUCAAACAGGGGACAAAAAUUACCCUUACAAAAAUAAUCGUUGGUGUAUAAAGUGGCAACACCAUACUAAAUCAUAUUUUGUGUUAACUGUUAGAAACCGUUGAGAAGUUGUCGCCGCACCCAUCUCCAUGUUUCUCUCUUCGGUCCCGUCCUUUCUUCUACAACUUCUCUUUAUACCUUUCUGAUCCCUCUACUCAUAUUUUCUCGUGGGUCCUCAAUUAAUCUCAUCCUCCACCGGCGUCCACCGUCCCAUCUCUUCCUCUUCCCGGUCGGCGAUCAAAUUUCCUAGUUUCUCAACCAUCACCCCGGGAAGGAAGAAAAGUGUCCCACACCUCCACCUUCAUCUCAACCUAGAAAAAAGUAAGGGGAAAAAAUAAGGACCCACAAAGGAGGGAAUUUUUUUUUUUUUGGGAUUCGAUGGAGUUAAUGGGCAUAAUGAAUCUUAUUUACAUUGUUAUCUUCAAUAGCCUGAAUGAGAAAUUUGUGGUUGAAUCUCUUAAGAAGAUGUAACUCCACUUCUUGAGGAACAAUUGAAGGAAGGAAGAAAAGAGGAAGAAGCCUUGGAGGGUUUCUUAAAUUCCUUUUUCUUGUUGGGUUGCAUUAGGAACCCACCAAGAAGAGAGGAAGAUAUAUCAUUGUUAGGUUGUGGAGUAUUAUCUUUCUACUUUCAAGAUGAUAUCAACAACCAAUGGUGAUGGUGGAUCCUCUGGAUCUUCAACAAACGGUGGUGGCGACGGAGGAGGAGGUAGCAAUGGAGGAGAUGGUAAUGCAUAUUUAAAUGUCUUAGGGUUUGGUGAUGACAUUGUUGCUCAUUACCAUCACAAUAUUAACGGAGGAGGGAAUCCACAUCCGGCUGGAAAUUCUAUAACUGAUGGGAGGGGGAUUAAUAAUAAUGUUGUAAACGUUGGUGGGGGUGGGAGAGAAAGACCCUUAAAGAAAGGACCUUGGACAACGGAGGAAGAUGCAAUUCUAUUUGAAUAUGUGAGGAAACACGGUGAAGGGAACUGGAAUGCCGUACAAAGGAAUUCAGGACUUAACCGUUGUGGGAAGAGUUGCCGCCUUCGUUGGGCUAAUCACCUUCGACCAAAUCUCAAGAAGGGUUCAUUCACACCUGAAGAGGAAAGACUCAUUAUUGAGCUACAUGCUAAGAUGGGCAACAAAUGGGCUCGCAUGGCUAGCUUGCUUCCAGGAAGAACAGACAAUGAGAUUAAGAACUACUGGAACACAAGAAUAAAGAGGCACCAACGACAAGGACUCCCUCUUUACCCUCCAAAUAUCCAACCUCCACGACAACAACACUUCCAAUCAGAUCCACAUCACCACCACCAAUAUAAUCAACUUAAAUCUUUUGCAACACCGACAAGUCCGAUCACCACUUUCUCCUUCCAACCUUAUCAACUUUUAUCGCCAACUGCAGGAGCCCCACAAGCUCUUCAUCCUUACCACCACCAACCCUUUGCUCCACAACCAUCUGCCUCUCACAAUGCCUUCCAAACCUUACCACUUUUUGACUACUCUCAACAACAACACAAUCAUCAUCCCAACUCUACUCCCACAACCCCAACUCAAUCUCCAUUCAUUUUUCAAACCCAGAACCAUGAUCAUCCUUCAGCUUCGACCACCCCAACCCAUCUCUCCCCACUUCCUUCCCCCUCAGUAGCCAACAAUGCGUCCCCUAUUUCUUCUUCUCACCAUCACCACAUCCCAACUCUAGCUCUCCUUGACUUCUCCUUCCCACGCCCAACUCCUAUCCUCCAAUCCCCUAAUCGCUUCAAGCGAUUUGCCUCUUGUGGUGACAUUGUCAACUCUGCAGCAACUGCAGGAGACGAGUCUAACAAUACCAAUAGUAAUAACAAUGCUCGCCCACAUAAUUUUCCAGUCUCAUUUGCAAAUCUAUCAGCGGCGCCACCUCGUCCUCCCCAUCCCAACAUUUCCUCUAAUAAUGUUGCACAUAUAGAAAAUUCUCAUAACCAAAACCAUCUUAAUAUCCUCUCCAGCGUACUUGACAACAACAAUAGUGGGUUCCACAAGGAGAUGCAAAAGGAGAAUGAGGAGAUGUGCUCACUUCUAGCUUCAAUGUCUCACCAGCCAGAGCUCUCUUCAAACCAAAUUUUAUCACAACACCCUCAUGGGAAUGAUGUCAGUUCUAGUAUAAUCCAUCAUGGUCAAUUCAAUAGGAAAAUUGAUAUGGAAAAACGAGGGAACAACAACAACAAUAAUAACAUCUUGCUAGCAACACCGACAUCAAAUAGUGCUGGUGGUGCCUAUGGAGGAUUGUUGGAGGAUCUUUGGAAAGAGGCUAAUCCAAAUUUGAUGAUGCAGAGGGAUAAUUAUGUGAUGCAGAGGAAUGCUAGUGAUGUUCAAGGCUACACCACCACCACCAACAAGUUUUCCAACUGUGGGGAACAAAAAAGAGAGAAUGAGGAGGUGAACAAGUUCCUAGACGACAAUCAGAUCAGAAAAACUGAUAAUCAAUUUUGCAGAGAUAACGUCAGUGGUGGCAUUAGGGAUCAGACAACCUCCAAUGAACCAUCUUCAGUUGUGACAACAGAGGAUCACAUCAAUUUUGAUCUCCAACACAUGUUUUCCUUUCUUCCCACAACAACCACGACGAGGACAACAACUACGGACCCAGAUAGGCCCCCACUAGAGACUUAUUCCUGGGAUAACUUGCCAGAGAUUUGUUAUGAAAAUUGAGAGUUGGGGUUUGUAAUUAAGUGUUGUAAUCGUGGUCGUUCUUCUUUUUAUCCUUUGUAAGUCUUUUUGAGGAAUUUGCUAAUACGUUGAGGAUGUAAGUUUCCUACAAAUUUGGGGAAGGGAACUCUCGUCCGUCUUGUGUUGUUGUAAUGUAAGAGAUAUCGAUAGGGAUCGAAUACCCAAAUUCAUUAAUCAGAUACUCCAAACUUCUUAGUACCUAAUGUAAAAUUUAUCGAAAGUAAUAUUCCUGUUUCAAUAUGAUUUAGAAAAAAAAAUCAUAUGUAUAAAUCAAAUAACUUCUUUAAUGCCGAAUAA